AUUCAAGUUGCAUUUUAAGGGAAGGAAUGCACGCAGAACACAUCCAACAUGACUAAAUUAAUAUACUUCAUAUGUUUUGUCCUUUACCAUUGUGCAUUUGCUGUGGAUGCUUUAUUGAAUGUCUUACAACCAGAGACAGCAGUAAGAGUUCAGCCUGGAUCCUCCACAACUCUUCAGUGCAACACACCAGACGAUGGGCAUUUUACAGGAUUCUGGUUGAAAUUUCAAAAUAUUUCUGCUCCAGCCGUUGUAGCUAUGGCUCAAUCAAACAAAGCUGAGAUAUUAAUGGGAGAAUUAUUCCAGGAUCCUUCAAAGUAUAGAGUUACAUGGAACCAACCCAGCUUCAAUCUCACAUUUCUAAACGUUGAGCAAACAGACAUCGCUGUGUACUUUUGCGGGACAGUUAUGUACAAGAAGAUGUACUUUGGAAAUGGAACAAAACUGAUGUUUGAAAGUACGCAUUUUAAUGGAACUGAAGCAAUAAAAGAAAAGGAAGACAAUUGGAGGGAACAGUUAUUUGUCUAUGUAGUUCUAAUACUGGUGACAAUUACUGUGGUGUCAAUACUCCUAAACACCAUCCAGUAUCACAUCUUGAAGAAAAUCAGAGCAGGCAUGUCACAAUCCCAAAGAAGUCAAGAACAAGAAACUGAGGACGUGAACUAUGCAGCAUUAACAUUUACUCACAAACAGAGGAAAACUAAACAAAAAUUGAGGAAAGAGUGUGAGCCCCGAGUGAUAUACGGACCUGUGAGACAACAAGAGAGUUAGUGAUUUUAUCUGAAUUCAGAGAUUAUUCAGCUUUUAUUUACUGUUUUUCUAUGUCAUUUUAAAAGAAUAAGACUUUCAUGUUCAUAUUUUAAAAUGUUUCAAGUGGUACAUUGUUUUAACACAGCAAUGUUAGUGUAUAAUAUGUAAUUUAUCAAUAUUCUAUGAACAAUAAGGAUCAGCAUGCAUUCUUUAUUAUUAUUAUUAUUUUGCAUCUAUUGUCUAGGUGAUAUCUUUUAAGGGUGAUCAUAACCAGGGGUGGAAAGAGUACUGAAAAAUAAUACUCAAGUAAAAGUACUGUUAAAUCUUAAAAAAUUUAGUAUAAGUACCUGUCCUAAACAUCUACUCAAGAAAGAGUAAAAGAGUAGCUCAUUUAAAAGUACUCAUGAGUAGUGAGUAUUGAGUACUGAAUUGUGAAAGCUAUGCCCCUUUAUAAUAAAAACUCUAUGCUGCAGUUUAAAAAUGUAGCACACAUACCGUAAUUUACAUUCCCUUUUAUGGCUGUUUGCCAGGAAGAAUAAUAAAAAAUAAAAAAAGGUAUUUUAUAAGUGUUUGUGAUUGAUAACUUUUAAAAUACAUCACUUACCUAUGAUACUGUAAACACUACAUGAAUCUGAUUUAAAAAAAUAAAUAAAAGGGCAACAUGAUUACAGAAAUGAAAAGAUGAAAAAGUUAUUUUCAAUA